UUAUUUAUGAUAGAAAAUCACUAUACAGUCACAAAUCUUAUUGAAAUAAAAUGAUUUUAUUUGAUGGAAGCGACUACCGCGAAAUAAUGGGACACAACUCUCAAUAAAUACAAACACACAUACACAGUAGAAAAUGGAAAUCACAAGAAAAAAUUUUCAAGAGUCUUUGGAGAAAGUAGAAGCUGCUGUGAAAGAAGCAAGUUUCCUUGCAAUUGAUGGGGAAUUUACCGGUUUGAAUCACGCUGGAUUGACACAUACAGCAAUAUUUGAUACACCAGAAGAAAGAUAUCAUAAACUUGUACAAGGAUCGUGUGAUUUUAUGUUAAUACAGUUUGGGUUAUGUGCAUUCAGUUAUGAUGGGAAUACAAAGAAGUAUACAGCCAAACCAUUCAAUUUCUACAUAUUUCCACGACCUUUCUCAAGAGCUGCUCCAGAUGUCAGAUUCACGUGUCAGAGUUCAAGCAUGGAUUUUCUAAUGUCUCAAGGGUUUGACUUUAACAAAUGGAUACGAGAUGGUAUAACUUAUUUGAGGCCUGCAGAUGAAGCCAGGCUAAAAGAGCAGGUAGUGAAGAAGCAUGAAGUGUUUGCAUCGCCAGCAUUUAUAUCUCCGAGUGGAGGCUCGCACCCAGGUGGGAUCGCCAAAGGACCAGUUGAUGUUCCUCCAGAACAGAAAGAUUUCGUAGAUGACAUCUUGUAAGUGCUGAUGAUAUUUUGUUAUUA